CAUUUGCACACUCGGCAGGAGAGAAAGGUUUGGGAGGAGGGUUCGCGAAUUCUGCUUGGGAAGCGCUGUGAGACCUUGGAGGGAAGGUGCUGUUGAGUAUUUAUUGGUAUAUUAUAGAUUUAUUGGUGUACUAUAGAUUUUCUGUUGUCCCCCACCCACCCACCCACUUUUUUAUCGCCAGGGUCGUUUUCAGCUCCUUGGGGGAGAGGGAUAGCUCAGUGGUUUGAGCAGUGGCCUGCUAAACCCAGGGUUGUGAGCUCAAUCCUUGAGGGGACCAUUUAGGGAUCUGGGUCCAAAACGGGGGAUCGGCCCUGCUUUGAGCAGGGGGCUGGACUAGAUGACCUCCUGAGGUCCCGUCCAACCCUGAGAUUCUAUGAAAAGCCUGUCCCAUCCUGCAGCUCAUUGUGUUAGUGCACAAGGGGGAGUUUCUCCUGCUUUCAGGAAAGCUAUUUAUACACUUGGGAAUUCUUGGAGACCUUUUCUUCUUGUUUUUGUCCUUCCAUUGUUGUUAAAUGACAUAAUCCCGCUGCCAGAGACAAGCUAAGGGGCUUUACCCAAACCCAAAGAAUAUUGAUCAUAGCAGAGAGUGUUGCCUUGUUUUCCCCUUAGCUGUGUUUGAAAAGGGGAUCAGGAUAAAAAAAUGCAAUCACCAUGCCUUUCUCUGUGAUCAAGCCUGUCCUCAAGAGGAGGGAUGGACUCCAUUACCAGCAGUCUUUGCUGUCUUGGAAGCAAAGGGAAGAAGCAUUAGGUGUAACUUCAAUUUGAGACUGGUCAAUGGGAUGAUUGUCCCAGAGAAUUAAGGGCUGCAUCACUGGCCCUCAGACACAUAAUCUACUGAGCCAUCCAAAAUGACAGGAAAACGCUUAUUUGCCUACAGAGUGAAACGUGGUUGGUCUGUGCAGUCACUUCUGGCCCAGUCACAACUCCCACUGGCUUCGCUGCAAGGCCUGUGUGUGCAAAAAUACCAGGCUAGGGCCCUUUCUUUGAUGUUUUACACUCACACCUAGGCUGUGAAGAAUCAGAAACGCUGGGGGAACGAAUGGUUUUCCCUUCUUCUAGAGCAGAACUGUGUACGCAGUGGCCGGUGCCCUCACUGACACUCGACAACCUGACGCACAAAAGAUUUUGAAGCUUCCUUUAAAACCUGCCUGGGUAGAAAACACCUGCUCACCUAUCACAGUACCUAACCCUACAAGCAACUGCAGCUACCCCUGCUGACCACCAGCCUCUGCCUGUCUGCUUGUGUAUUGUAAUUCCACACUAAAUGGCUGAGUACCUUCCUAUGUACAGCUGAUGACAUUCUUAUGUCUUGGGAAGCUGAAGUGCUGGGAUCCUGGGGGGGAGUCAAUUCCUGUCUCUGCCACAGACUUCCUGGGUGACCUUAGGCAAAUCUCUUAAUAUUGUUGUGCUUCAAUGCCCCAGCUGUAAAAAAAGAGAUCACAAUCCUUCCUUUGGCUGUUGUGUCUAGUUAGAUAUAAGCUCAGCAGGCAGGGACUGUCUCUUACUGGGUAGAUGCACAGUUCUUAGCACGGCGGGACCCCAGUGCAACCAUAAGACAAAUAGUAAUAACGGAACAAUACCACACCAAAUCCCUCCAUUGUUACCUGUAUAUAAUACCACCCCUAAAACCUGAGUACGUAACAGAUAUUUACCUCCAGACAUACUGGUAACCAUCUCUAUAAAACACAGACUAAGAGUUCUUUCAAUUGCCUUUUUCCUGUUGCAGGGGAACUCCUUGUCCGCACCAACUCAGCCCUAAAUAUAGGGCAAAGCUCCCACUGCCAUCACUGGGACUACUAGGUCUGCAGCCAGAUGCAGGUUCAGGCCGAGUGCAGGUAGCAGAAGUGUCUGACGGCCUCGGAGUUCAUGUCGUAGCAGGCCCUAUAUGGUAUUAUCCUCGGUCUGUUGCAGUUGUUGCGUGAUGUCAGUUGGAGUCACGACGUGUCCCAUAUGUGCCCGAUCACACGGGCAGCACAGCCAUUCCGUUAGUGGGUUAAGCCAGUGUUUAUUUUUAGCUAAGAUUCUUCGUUUGUUCUGGUGCUCCUGGGAAGUGACUUCCUGUAAGGAAUGUUAAACAUCACUGUGACUGGCCCUGCAGCUGGGCCAGGCCCACGUGCCUCCGGAGUGCACCAGGAAAACCUCUGUAAAAUGCCUCCACCUAGGAUUUGUCUAAGAAUAAAGGGCGAUGCCCUCCCAGCCCAGGUGCGAGGGCGUCCCGUCCGAUUGUUUGAGCAGAUGCCUCGUUCUCUGAACGUUUUUCUAAAGGCUUCAGUGCUGCUCUUGUAACUAGGAAGACUGGUCCCUAAAGAAAUGAUAAGGGGGUCUCAGUGAACUCAUGGCUACCUGGGUUAAAAGGUUUGGAGAGCUACUGAUGCAUGCUGUUUAAUGAUUAAUUAGAGGUUUCGGAGUAGUUAGUUAGGAGUAGACAGUCUCUGCCCCAAAGAAGCUGGUAUCUCAGAGUAGCCAGGAUGAACCGGGAAGCCAAGAAGAGUGAAUGGUUGGCAUCCUAUAUAAAUCACCCUUCGUUUUAUUGACUCACUUCUUGUGGGAUGUCUAGACUGCAGUGAGUCUGCAGGAGCCAUUGGGAUAAAAGGAGAGUGGGGUUUGCUGGACUGAAAUAGGGAGGGCAUGGCAAGCACAUGGGGCAGUGUGCAAAAAGGCACAGGUGUCAGUGGGAGACACAGGGCAAGGAGGCAGAGUGGGGGAAGGGUAGCAGUUGCAAACUGCUUUGAACCAGGAGAGCACUGUGUAAGUUCUAUGCCCAUUACACCUUUGGUAAUAUCUCAUUUAGUUUUGGGGGGGUGCGCGUCAUGGUUACUGCGGGGUUCUGGGAGUCUGGGCUUGUCUUCUGGCCCUGCUGCUGACUUGCUGUGUGAUCUCGGGAAAGUCACUUCACUGCUCUGUGCCUCAGUUUCCCCCAUCUGGAAAAUGGAGAGAUUCACACUCACUGGCUGCACAAAGGGUACUGUGGGACCUAAUCACUAUAGGUGAAGCAUGUUGAAAUCCUUGGCUCAGAGGAUUCAUUUAAAUAGCAUCUGGUGCCAAAAUGGGAACCCCAGACUAGAACAGCAGGGGAGAUGGUGCAGGCCAGAACCCAGGAAUUACCUAAAAUUCCUACAUGUAAGAAAGGAAUGCUGCCACAAACAUAAAAGUGAGUUUCUGUUGCCAUCUAGUGGAUAUUUUUAGUAUUGUGCUGGAUAAUAAAAGAGAAUUAGUUUUCUAAUACAUGUAUAUCAGCGUUUGACAAAAGUUUUUAUAUUGGCUUUGAAAUUCUAAUCCUUUGUUUACCUGGCUGUCACCAGACUGGAUAACAAAUUCACACUCAAUCUCCGCACAUUCAAAAAUCCCAGUACACACAGCAGAAGGAUUUUCACAAUAUACUACUGAAUAGGGCCUCGUCUUGCAUUCUGUCCACAUUCCUAACGCCCACUGAGACUAAGAGGAGUUUGGGGAUCAUGCCAGAGAGUGUCUGGUAUGGUCACUGCAGGCCAAACGGCUGAAAUGUGGAACCCCUGUAUUUUGUGGCCCCCUCAUGCCACCAUUGACAGAUAAUGGUUUGUAGCUAGAAAGGGUGGUGUUUAGGAGAUUCUCCCCUGUUAUAUUAUUCCGAGUGGUAAGAUUAAAAAAACAUUAGAAAAAUAAAACUCAGGAGGGGGGGGGGGAACAAUAAUGAAGUCCAGCAGGUGCAUCCUCCCCUGGGUCAUAAGAAGGGUUUGAACUUUGGCUCAGAUCCAAAGGUAUUUAGGCACCUAAUUCUCAUUAAUUUCAGUAGGCACCUAACUUCCAUUAAGGAGCUGGGCCAUUGGUCCUUUAGCUCCACAGAACAGCACUCUACCCUGUGAGCUAACAAGUAACUGUUCGCUCUGUAUACGGGCCAGCCACUUGAGGAUCCUGUGGCACAUUCUUUGCCAGAGGGUUGCAUAACUAUUUGCGAGACAGCACUAGAAUAUUAGGGAUCAGGACUUCUGGCCUCUACUGCUGUCUCGGAUGGCAGUGUUACCUAGUGGUUACAGCCAGGCUCGCCAACCAUAUAGAUUUGGCACAUUCAGCCUGAAUGAGACCUCAGGCAGGCAUAUUAGAAGCCUGGUUUCUAUUCCCAGUGACCUUGUAAUGACCCAGUGCAAUGUUUCAGUUAACUUCUCUGUAAAAUGAGAGGGAAAUUAUACUUGCCUGCUUCUUAAGGGCCGGGUUAGAGGCCUUGCUCCAUAAGAAGGGCUGUGAAGGGCUCAGAACUAUAAACAGCAGCGAGCAGAAGAGGUGAGCCUCGAACUCGUGGUCCCCUGGCUCCUAGAUUUCCCCCCGUGGACUAGAGACUAUUUCAUUAGGUGGGGUUCUCACUCAUCUGGGCAGUGUUGACUGUCCACUGGAAUAGGGAGGCCACAAAUCAAAAUUUGGGCUCUGAACUACUUGCAGUACUAAUCAGAGUCCUGGUUUGGAAAGAGCGCGCGGGUGGACAGUUUAGUCCCAAAGAGUGAAUGCCUCUCACUCAGAGAUUGCUGUACUGGUGAGGUUUUCCCUUAGCUUCUUGAGCAGACUUGCGUUGCCUGUAGGAAAUGGAUUCAGAAGUAGUAAGUGCGGGGUUAGCCCAGCAAACACAGAAAGGCGCGCGGGCACACACAGAAGUCAUAUGUGCAGCUUUAGAGAUUCCCCUGGUUCUGUUCUCCAUCACACCAGUUUUACCAUAGGUUAACUAGUGGUUUCAGUGGAGUCAUUCCUGAGGUGUGAAUCAGAUCAGUGACCCAUUCAGGCCAGAUGUAACUGAGGGAUUGUCACAAUGUUCCAGGGGGCCGAGUAAGCAGGACAAAUGGGGCCUGUGUAACAAACAGGUGUUGAGUGAAAUUUCCUUCCCUACACAACUCCAGCUGGAGGAGGGCGAUGGGAAGCCAUGAGAAUAAGAACAAUAGGUAAAUCCGGAUUAAAGAGGAAACCCUCUUAACUAACUAGUGAGCAGGACAGCAGCUGGCUGCCUUUAAUUACUUCACAGAGGGAUCCGCCUGAUUGUUUACCUUCCUUGGUGUUAGGUUUUUCCUGUUCCACUGAGAUGGCCCUCGUCUGGGCUCAGUGACAACAGGGCACAGCUCAGUUUACAACCCACACAGCUGCCUACACUAAUAACUGUGCAUGUUUAUAUGGCUCAUGUCACCCUGCUAUGGGGAAGGAAGGUUUAUAGUGCCUGGCACUGGUGUGGGUGUGGCUCACAAUGCUAACCAAGGCAAUUAAGCAACACUGGAUUCCGGCUAAGGCCUCAUCUACAUACAUACCCAUGUUGCCCCAGCCCCGAUUUAGCACACAGCCCUGAGCAGAGAUGCUUAAACUGGUUUCAAACCAGCUUGUAUCAAUAAGUUUACACCUUUAGUUCGACUGUGUAUUUAGAUCAGGCCUCUGGGCCCAGUGCCCCAUCCUGUGAGCCACCGGGCAGAGCCCCCUCAUUCCCCUCAGCUCUUUGCAGGAUCAGGCCCUUAGGGAAUAGGCUAAACACUGCACUACUCCCCUUCUGAGGGCACCUGGAGGAGUGGGCUGCAUUCUCUGGCCACAAGCAGCCCUUUGCCAAGUGAGAUGAAAGCUCCUCAUGCAGUCAGCAGGCCGGGGGGCCGAUCCACCUCCUGUUGAGGCCUGUGGUUGACUUCAUCUGCUUUCCCCCACCGCCUGUAACUCUUUCCUGGGGGGGCUCGCAGCACUUCAUUUCUCCCUCUCCAUGGCUCUCAGGGGGGAAGGGAUAGCUCAGUGGUUUGAGCAUUGGCCUGCUAAACCCAGGGUUGUGAGCUCAAUCCUUGAGGGGGCCAUUUAGGGAUCUGGCCACAAACUGGGGAUUGGUCCCGCUUUGAGCAGGGAGGGGGUUGGACUAGAUGACCUCCUGAGGUCCCUUCCAACCCUGAGAUUCUAUGAUUCUGCAGAGCAGGGGCUGCCUUGAUCAUUGCAGCUCAAACGGUGCCCAGCCUGGCAUUAGCAUGUAGGAAAUAAGCAGCAACAAUAACGUUUUGGGUGGCUUAUACUUGGCAUGCAACACCUAUCCCUGAGCCUGCACACACGCGUUAACAACUUUACACUCAGCCCUUAGCAGUCAAUGCAUGGAAGGGGCCUGUUUGCACAACCAGGUCUCCAAGGUGGGUAGAAUCAGCUUGCAUUGCAGGGCUAGUCUGGUGAGCAACUGAACUCCUAUGAAAGGGAUUUUUAAAGCAUCCUCCCAUGGCUCUCGACUAGCCGAGGCCACUCUGUGCAGAACUGGAAAGAUGGGUAGAGAACGAUGCAGGAGAGUCUAGCAGACCGUGCAAUCAGAGCCUGUUCUGAGAGAAGAUAAAAACUAGGGCUGAUUCGCUGCACUUUCAAAACCUGUUCUCCAUUCCAGAGGGGAACGGGUCUAGCUGCCAAGGAAACCAACAGCUGUGUUGCGGCACUGAACCUUGGGGCUGGGGGGGAAAUGUAAUUUCUGUUUUCAUUCCAAAUUAGAACAACAAGCCAGAAUUAAGUAGAAUAAAAAGCCAAAAUUUCCCACAGAAUGAACAUUCAAAAAAAUUCCCAUUCAAGACCAUCAAAACAUUCAUAUAUUUAAUAUUAAAACACAUAUUUUAAUAUGAAAGUCAAACCAAAAUUAAUGAAAAUAAAAUAUUUUUACCUUAUCAAAAUGUUUUGCCAUUAUUGAAACAAAAUCAGAAAGUCCAGGAGCUGGGGCUGGAUGACAGGGGAUGGAUCACUCGAUAAUUGCCCUGUUCUGUUCAUUCCCUCUGAAGCAUCUGGCACUGGCCACUGUCAGCAGAGAGGAUACUAGACUCUGGGACCAGUGGUCUGUCCUAGUAUGGCCAUUCUGAUGUUCUUACACGAUUCGGUUCGACUUUUUUCCCAUCAAAAUUUUGAGCCAAAGCAACACGUUCCUGCCAAACAUUUAGAUUUUGACAAAAUUGUAGUUUUUGACAGAAAACUGGGUCAACCAACUCUCCUGAGAAAACACUGACCUACAAAGAAAAACCUACAUACAAAGUUACGUGCACUUGUCUACAGGGGGCCCUUUGAUUCCUAUACACUUGCAUAACUUGUAAUACUCUCCGGGACCAAAUUCACCCUUGGCUCAGUGGCCACCUCUUGGCUGCAGUCAUGUGCAUUAUAGCGCACAUCAGUGGUCUCCAAACUGGGGUGCGCGAGAUGAUGCCAGGGGGUGCGUGGCAUCAGUAGCAUUGCCAGAUGGCACUCCGCCAUUUCUUUUCUUCAGCGGCCGCUCUGCACGUCCACGGCUGGUGCUCCCCUCUGGCGGCCCGCCUGCGGCAGGUCUUCUGGUCUUCCUCCGUCGGUGGCGCGCCUGCGGCAGGUCACCCUGGGGGUGUGUGAGCCAAAAAGUUUGGAGACCACUGGCGUACAUCAUCAUAGGCUUUAGUGGUUGUGAAUUGCCUUUUUAUGUGGGUGAGGAGGAAGGCUUCAUUUUCAUGUUAUUCAUUGUUUGAUUGCAAAUUAUGUUCUGGUGGUGGGCCCACAAAAGGAUUCUGGUCUUGUGAAAGACGCGAUAAUGUCCACAUACAGCGACGCUAUCCUAAGAAGGAUAAUGCAGUCACUAGAUUCAUCAGGCUCUUGUGCUAUGUAUAACGUUACUCAAUCAAUGCUCUAUAUAAGGAAUCAAGCCACAAUGAAAUACUGAUAGCACCAGUACGUUCAAAUGGUGGGCACUCGCUGUGUCCUCUUGAAAGCGUGGACAAGGAGAUACACACAAUCUGCGUAGUCCACUGCUAGACCCAGGCCCUGAGCCUGCAAACACUUAAACACGUGCUUAGCUUCAAACAACCCACUAUUCCCACUGGCUUCAAAGGACCAAGCCUUGUUCGACUGAAGACUGUUUGGGGCAAGGGCCAGGUGUUUGUGUGUGUUUAUACAGCACCACCAUGAUCAGAUUUGAAGCGUUUCCACUAGCUGCAGCCGCAUAAACAUUUAACAAUAAUCAUUCCCAAAUUCAUCUCCUGUGCUCAUGCCUGUCAGUGACCGGUCAUGUAUUCGUGAAACUCCGCGCAGGGACAAGGGAAGAUCUGGGUUCUAGUCCCAGUUUUGUCAUGUCUAGUUCCUGCAUGACUUUGGGCAAGUCAUUGUGUAAAAUAGGGAUAAUAAAUCUAGUCUUUCUAGACUGUUCACUUUUUGGGGUGGGGACUGUCUCUUACAUAGAGCUAAGACAAUGGGGCACCAAUCUCAGCUGGGCCUGUUAUUGCAGCUGCUAGUACACUCCCAUGCUGACCAAUGUUCUAGUCUAUACAGGCCCGUAUACCAGGCUGACCGGAAUAUCUGGGCCUAGCACCUGUCCCAUGGUCUUUGUCCUUUCAUCCUUUCCCCAGGGAGAGAAGUCUGUGCAGUAGAAUAGCUUGUUUUGACAGGCAUGUUUUGAUACACACGUUGCUCGGUACCUGCGUCAGAGAAGGCAGGCCAAAGAAGGGCACCUCAAAUGGAGAACAAUUAGCCUGGUUGUAAAGCUUUUCACGGAGCCCCAGGAGUGGAGCUGUCGCCCCUCGGCUUCAUCCAGAGCCCUAGUUAUUUUUGGGCCCAGCACCUUGAAGUUUAGGACCAGGACUGGAACUAAUUGAAUAUUGUCUUGCUGUUUCCUCGUCCGGUCCAGUCCAUAUCCAUCUGUUGUCUCUUGUAUUAUACUUGGAUUGGAAGCUCUUUGGGGCAGGGACUCUGCUCCGUGUUUGUACAGUGCCCAGCACAACAGGGUCCACGGCUGGUACUCCAGUAAUAUGACUAAUAAUAAUAUCCUGCAAUAGCAAUUUCACCCAGAAGCAUUAAUGUUCUGACCUGUACCGUGUGGCCAUCGGUUCGCCUCUAAUCCCUUAGGGCAGUGGCUCUCAACCUUUCCAGACUACUGUACCCUUUCAGGAGGCGGAAAAAUUGCGGAUGUUCUCAUUUCUACCAUAUAAUCAUCAAACCAUUGGAAUAUAUUGUACUUACAUUUCAGUAUGAUACCAGAGCCUGCGUUUCACUUGUGAGCCUUAUCUAAAGCCUGAGCCCUGCCACCCAGGGCUGAAGCCCGGAACUCAGCUUAACGAGCCCCCAGGCAAUUGCCCUGCUUGCCACGUCCUCACGCCGGCCCUGCACUUGCAAUCCCCCUAAACCCAUCCCGCAACCCCCAUGGGGUUCACGACUGCCAGGUUGAGAAACACUGAUCUAGAGGGUUUGAGUACCCCCUAGAAGACCGCAGCAAACCCUCAGGGCUACACAUACCCCUGGUUGAGGGUAUGCCCUACUGCAUGGUCAACCUGGCCUUAGGACUGCUGGCCCCAGGUCUCCCCGCUUUGCUAAGGGGGCCUUCCCCUGCUGCACAGACCUUCUGACUGGGCUCUGGGGCUUGAGCUGCGUCCACACUGCACAAUGAGGGGGCUUGGCUCCCAGUCUCCGCAGGACUCGUGGUCCCCGGUACUUGCAGACCGGGAUCAGGCACCUUUGCGUGUGGCCGGCAGGGGGGUUGGGCUCCCAGCGGUGUGAGGCCAGGUUUCCGAGGCCGUGUAGACACGCCCGCCCCCCCCUCCCGCGAUGGCUCGGGAGGCGGGUGUGCGGGCUGGGCUGGCUCUUUAAGAGCGGCUGGUGGCCGGCGGCCACAGCCCGCGGAGGAGGAGCCGGCCCCGGCCCCAGCCCCAGCUGGGGGAGGCAGGAGCGGCGCGCAGGGAACAAAGGAGCCGGGCGCAGGCAGGGGCGCGCAGAAGCCUCGGCGCCAUGAAGCUGAAUGAGCGGAGCCUGGUGUUCUACGCCACCUGCGGCUCCCCCGCCGACAACGCCGGCUUCCUCUUCAAGAAGGGCGAGCGGAACACGGCCUAUCACCGCCGCUGGUUCGUGCUGAAGGGCAACAUGCUCUUCUACUUCGAGGAGCGGGAGAGCCGGGAGCCGGUGGGCGUGAUAGUCUUGGAGGGCUGCACCGUGGAGCUCUGCGAGGCCGCUGAGGAGUUCACCUUCGCCAUCAAGUUUGACUGCGCCAAGUCGCGCACCUACGUCCUGGCGGCCGAGAGCCAGGCUGCCGUGGAGUCCUGGGUCAAGGCCCUGUCGCGUGCCAGCUUCAACUACAUGCGGCUGGUGGUGAAGGAGCUGGAGAAGCAGCUGGAGGAGAUGCAGGGGAGCCUGGCUGGCAGCCGCAGCGUCCAAAGGAGGUCACCGAUUUACCGGAAAGCCAAGCCGGCUCUCUGCUUGGACCCCACGUCUCCGGCUCUGGAGCGGCCCCCUCCCCGGGAGCGGCCCAUGGCGCCAGCCCCUUGCGCCCCCCUGAAAGAGAAUGGCUGUGCGGUGUGGAAUAACGCUCCGAGCCUGGAUACCCUGCCAGCGGGGGACGUCCCCGGGGGCCUUGCUGACGCGGGGAGUGGGAGGACGGCUGCGGGCAGCAGCCACGAGGGACGCGUGAAGCCUCCUCCUUUGCCGCCUCGCAGACGCACCUCGUCAGGCAGUACCUGUGGCCCUGUGGCCCUGCCGGCAGACAGCCCCGUGUGCCCAGGCACGGUGAGUUUCUCUAAGCUCCAUGACUGGUACGGCAGAGAGAUCACCGAGCUGAGGAGAGAAUGGCUGGAGAGCCAGGAGAGCCACAAACUGUGACGGAGGCUCUGGUGGGGGCGGCAGGGGGCUCAUUUGGAAACACGAACUAAGCCAUCUCUGAAGUCGGCCUGGCUGCGAGUGCCCUCUGAGAUGCCGUCACGUGCUGCCGAUCCGUCAGCGGGAUGGGGAACUCCUGCAUGCUGGGAACUUUGCCUGCCUGGUGUCAUGUGCCUGGCUCCAGCAGCGAUCCCGUGGGUCGCUGAGUCUUGUCUUUCCAUUCCCAGCGGCGGCUUUGAUGUGGAAGUGGAGACUGUUUUGAACUCUGCCCCUGGAUUUAGGUACCUGACCUGCUGCACCCAAACCUGACCCGCCCAUUGCUGGCAAUGGACUUCAUGGCACCUUGGAGAUGAUGAGCUCUUCUGAGCCAAAGCGGCUCUGUGUCCAAACCCCUGAGGCCAGUGUCGAUCACUGAAAGUCAUUUCCUGCACUAACACGGGGCUUGGGUGUGUGCUGGUCCAGCACCAUAGCUCGGGAGGGACCCGCUUGGGUUCUGAAAGCGUGUCGUUGCUUGCAGACGGUCUCUGGUCUUCCUCAAAUUAGUCUAGUGUCUAGCAGCUCACAGGCUGUCAGAGCACCCGGGCAGCUAGAAUUGCUGCUUCCAGGUGGAAUCUCGCCCUCUCGGUUUUGGAGACAGCAGCUGCUGAAAUCGCAUCAGUGUGGAAGUAGGAGAAGGAAGAAAGUGAUCGAAAUAAUGUGAUUUUUUUUACAAUCUGAUACCUUGUAACCUGUUGCCACUUUCCAUGAUGCCACCAGAAAGCUGGGACCCCAUUUAACAUUGGCCUAAAUAAUUCUUUCUUUGCCCUCCUGGUUUGUGUGUACAGAACCUUUAAAAAUAUCGGCCUGCAUUAAUUCCUUUGGCCUAUCAAUGCUAUUUUGGCACUGAUCCAGGAUGGAUUAUAGAUGGGUAAUUCUUAGUUCCUGGUUUGUGCCUAGUUCAUUCUAGGCCAGUGGUUUUCAACUUGUGGUCUAUGGACCCUUGGGAGCCCACAGACUGUCUAAGGGGUCCGGGAAAGGUUGUCAUUACCAUAGAACAGUGGUUUUCAACCUGUGCUGCGUGCUGCAGACCCCCUAAGAUUUCCAAAACCGUCUGCAUCUCCAGGCACCAUUUUUUUAGGGGUCCUUAAAUGAAGAAAGGUUGAAAACCACUUGUCUAGGCCAAAGAGCAGCACAAGUCUUGGUGUGAAUAUUUGUUCUAGGUCUGUUUUUUGUUCAGGAUUUAAUGUUUUUGGUCUGGGCAGAAAGAAGGUCAAACAAUGCCACCAUUCCUUGGUUUUCCACGUGAAAAUCAGCCGAGCAGGAUAAAAGCAUUUGUUCCUUAGAGAAGGGUCAUUUUCCUUCUUGAAAUUAUAUCACACCACACAGCCAGGAGAGAAGGUGCUUUACUAGAAUAUAGAGUUUGUUUUUCCCUUAAGAAAGGUCUUCACCUAGCUCUCCUGCUGCGGUAGCCGUUGCUCUGGUCCUGGUCGCUGACGCGGCCUCGACCGCUGCUCCUGCACCGCCAGGGGUCACCCAGCCAUGGCCUACGCUCCGGGGGCUCACCCAGCCCCGGUCUGUGGCCCUGGCAGCCACUGCUCCGGUGGCCCCUGGUCUGGCCCCAGGGGCUGCUCCUGCCCAAGUCUUAGAAUCUGUGACAGAAUCAGAUCCUUAGUGAUUGCUGAACAUCCUACCCCGAGAAUUACAUGGGAAGAUUUCCGUGAAGUGAGUAAUUCUCUGCUGUAAGUGGCUACAACACCGGGGCUUCGGUUUGGAGCAGAACCACAUUGCUUGGGCAGUGGGGUCCUAGUCCAGGACAAGGAUUCCUAGGCACUACGGCAAUAGAAAUAGUAAUUAGUAUUAAUAAGUGUCUGCUUGUGUCUGAACGCGUUGUAGCAAUGAACACCGCAGGGCGAUGAGGAGGGAAGUGAAACAUGAAUUUCAAUGUAAAUCUUCACCUUUUCCAAGCGAAUUUCAAACCAGCUUCUGUAAUUUAUAGAGGAAAUGCAGAGCAGCUCAGUGAUUCAGUACCCAGAAAGGCACUUGCUCAUGGAUAUAAAUUUAGCUUGCAAAGAACUGAAAAAUCUGGUACAUUUUAGCACAGUGAGGAACUGAAGGCUUCUGAUGUGUCUUUUAACGUUUCUUUUAUUGCUGAAAUAUUUUGGGUUUGUACAUUUUUAAUUUUUACUCUCUCCUGUCAGUUACAUUGUGGGACAAUGUCUCCAUUGAAGUGAUGCACAUAUUAUUGCAGCCCCUGGCUCGCUGAGUGAUGUCCAGUUCUUGGGAAUAUUUUAUACUCCUAAAAUGGCCUAAAUAUAAAAUGACCUCUCUGACCAUAAGUGCUAAGGUCAUUUCUGUGCACCUUGUUUUGUGUUCCUUGUAUGUACUGUAUAACAUGCCACAGACUCACUGCUGGGUCAGUGUGUGUGUGUGUUGUUUAUUGUAAUACUGAAAAGUUAUGAGAUCUUUCUUCAAAAAAUAUUAUUUUCCUCUCCAGCUUGUCAUGUGGGUGAAUUUCAAAUCCAUUCUCCCAGGGAAGGAAUGCUAGCAUUUGUAUGCUUGUCUUACCAAUGACGCAUGCCCCUACCAUACUUAACACAGAGUUCUCCUUGGUACAGAAUCGACCCCAGCGACGGAUUCAUUGCCAAUCCCAGCAGCAACGCUGGCUGAGAUCUGCUUUUGACCUCACCAUCUUUGACAGCAGUUAGGUAAUGGAAAAUACCUCAUUCACGGGGCAGGGAAGCCAGGCUGACCUUGGAAUAGGUCAGAAAAAUCAACCCUGGUUGUGUCAGUCUUUGUGCUGACAACUCUGACUACUCCCGCAUACAAACUGCUUCGUGGGAAAUCUGCCUCUUCCUAAUGUUCUCAGUUUCCAGGGACAUUAAAAAUAGACGAGAGGAGCCAGACUCUUGCACUAGAUAAAUGAGGUUUCUUAGGACUUGACAAUUGCAUCUGGACAGAAAAUCACCAUUAACUUUACCCAGCAGGAGUGAAAUUCUUUCACAGUGAACUAGAGCAACCUGGUAGAACUGCAGAAGAGCUUUACUUUGAUCAUUUCGCAAUCUACAGUGGUUGGCCUUGUGUGUUCAGUCUCUGCUCAUUAGGAGUCAUUAAACUUACAGAGGCAACUUCAUCCCUGCAGUAACGCCAGGGAAUGCUAGUGGAGUUACCUCCAGGACGAAUUUGGCCCUGCGGAUGCACAUAUUGUAAUGUAAGAGGCGAGCUCGCUUUUAGACUGGGCAAGGGUUUUAAAGAAGAAAUGAUCCUUCCCGCAUUACAGCCCAGAGAGGUUGCCAAAGGCUCCUGCAUACUGGAAAAUACUGCAUGGAAUCAAAUUUGUAUGACGCUUGACUGCCUUGGAGUAACGACCGAUGGCAGGGAAUGAAAAUUCUGUGAUUUUCACUUCAAUGCAUGUGGGGUAAAUACCUGGCUAGGCAGAAACAGCUGCGUGCUACAGGCUUCAAAACCUCUGAACGUGUUAAGCUGUCAGCAUCCCAGCACCAGUUGUCUUUUAAGGGGAAGUAUCCCUGAAACGCUGAGGGGGAAAAUUCUCUUGCUUAUUCAACAGGAACACAUUUAUCAGACAGAGAAUGAUACCAUCGGCGAGACGUUGAAUGAUUCAUGUUCUGGGUCAAAGCUGUGUGUGUGUGUCUCUCUCUCUCUCUCUUAUUUAUCAUACACACAUUUUAUAAACACAAAGACAACCCAGCCAUGUUUUAGUGGAUUAUCUCCUCCUAAUUCUCCAGAUGGAUUGUGUUGCAUUUUAUCUAUAUGUAGGCCUGGCCUUUUCAUUUUAUGUUUCAUGUUACUGCACCUUGAUUUUAAUUUACUGGUAUCCUUAUUUAUGUUAGUGUCUGACUGUCAAAGAAUGUGUGUUUUCAUUCCAAAGGGAGAGCAGUUUUGUAACUUGAAAAGUGUAACACUUUGCAAAGAAAUGUCAUUAGAAGUGUGGCUGGUAUUAGUUUUCUUUCAGAAGGGAUAUGUGCAUGUUCCCUCUCUCAGAACAAAUUUAGUUCCUUACUAAAAGAAAAGUUAGUUUAGAAAUGCUGCUUGGGUGAGUUUGAUGCACGUAGUUGAAGCUUUGACUUGUUAGUCUAAACACCCUGCCUGUUUUAAUUCCAACUCCUGGUCCCACCAGAGUCCAUGGGAGUUUUGACACUGACUUGAGUUAUACUAAGGUUUAACCCCUAGCAAUUUUACACAACAGGUCAUGAGAACACUGUACCAUCUGUAACCCACUCUGGCAGAAUGUGGGACUGUGUAUGUACCCCCUCACAGAACAGGACAGGAGUUUACUACUGCUACCAGGUAAUGGAAUUACUGCUUUAGCUCAAGUGGUGGAGGGACAUGCUUUUAAUACUGAAAGUCUCGGGAUCAAACCCACUGGUAGCAUGGGAGCUGUUCUGUCACACAGACUUAAUCUGAAGUAGGUCAAAGGUCCAUUUAUCAUUCUGUGCCUAGGGGGAAGCAAAUUCAAGUACAAUGUUACAGGGGGAGGGAGAGUUUAUACCUAAUGGAAUAAUUAAAGAAUCCUCAGAGGUUAGUUUGAAAUCCACUCCUUCCAGUCUGUAAAAUGGUGUGAGAUCCAAAUGCUAUAGACCUGCAAGGCACCAAGGAUUUGUUUUUUCAUUCGAGAAUUGCUAUUUUAUUCCUGGGAAAUACACAAAGAUAAACUGAUCAUAAAUUGCUUCCAGCCCUUGCUCUAUAAACCACUUGUCAGCUCUCGGUAGAAGCUCUCUGAAGUCUGUGGUGAAGUGUGAAUCUAUUUUAUUUUUUAAACUAAAAUAAUGGAAAAUUGCAAGUCA